CUUGGCAAUUGCCGUCCCUGCUCCCACGUUUCCUCCGCUUCCGCCAUUUCUCGCUCUGUAGCGGUGAACAUGGCGUGCUAGACGACCCAGAACGAACGACAUGGACACACUUGCAUUGCUACAACUUUUGAGCAUUCGAGUGGUCAACAACUAUCAUGGGAGCUAUCAACAGCGUGCGUCGAUUGACCAUCCAGUGCCUUGGCUUGCUCGAGGCACUUGAGCCCACCGACGUCGAGAUUGAAAACAAAUCCAGCGCCACCUUCAUCAUGGAGUCGCUCAUUCGAGAUAAAUGGCCUCAUCUUACUCUGCGCCCCUUUGGGUCCUCUGAAAAGUACGUCAUAUUGGUGUGCGUACCAUCUGACUUGUGAACGAUCUUGUACAGCGGAUUCGGUUGUGGUUCGAGCGACCUGGACCUCGGCAUCUUCUUCGACCCACCUUCUCACGUCAACUCAUUGUUGUGGAACGAUCGUCUCCAAGUCCUGGCGUCAGUCGCGUCCAUCCUGACCCUACAUGAUGGCAUUGAGCUGCACCAAUUUAUCUUCCAUGCUCGGGUGCCGCUCGUGAAAUUGUGGGAUUCCCACCGCAAACUCGCCAUCGACAUCAGUAUGGGCAGUUGCCACGCAGUGUGCAACACACAACUCUUGAAGCGGUACGGCGAGUUAGACCCGCGCGUCCGACCGCUCGUAUUUGCUGUCAAACACUGGGCCAAGCAACGCAGCCUCAACGACGCUUCGAACGGUACACUCAGCUCUUAUGCCUGGAUCAUGCUGGUGUUGUUCUUUCUGCAAGCCCGUGGCAUUUUGCCAUGUUUAAGCCCUUUGGAUGAGGUGUCCGACACUGCGUCGACAGUCGCCAGCUCCGACGACAUGUCGACAUUGUCGUCGCCCACCAACAGCACCAGCAGCAACCACGCGUCGACGGCCUUGAGCUCGAGCACCCAACCCAUCACCCCGAGCAGCGAGCAACAACCUCGAGCUCAUCUGGGUGUGCUGUCAGCAGAGAAGGACUCUGUUGGUUCGCUGCUUGUGGCGUUUUUCCAGUUCUACGCGUAUGAAUUUGACUACCGCCACAACGUUGUGAGCCUGCGUUGUGGCCAUGCUUUGCCCAAGUUGGCCAAGUGGGGUCUCGGCCUCGGCACGUGGCGCUUCUCCAUCGAAGAUCCAUUUGAUUUGCACCAUGAUGUCGGCCGCGUGAUCUUUCAUCCGAAAGGCCAAGAACGGAUCCUGAACGAACUGCGCCGCGCCGCGGAGAUGUCGCAAGUCCCCACUUGUCAACUCGACGAGUUGUGCGCUGCACAAGUCGAAUGCACGUGUUUUAUUUGUGACAAACCGGGCCAUGCCCCGCGCGAUUGCGCCGACUCGACGCCGACAAGCACACCUGUAGCCCUGGCGCCGUUGACGGAUCGGCCUUCGCCCAUCCGAAGCCGCUCUACAGGGGGACCUCCCCCGCCUCCACCAGUCCUGCAAGCUUUGCCACCGCAUGCCAAGCUACUCAAGCGCCCGCGUCGCCGAUCCAAGUCGAAAGGCGCGACAAGCAUGGCCAAGAAGAAGCUCCUCGUUGCGUGGCGGACGGUCGCGUAGUGCACACUCCUAAACAUAGUUGCGUAGGGUAUUUAUUCAGUAGCACGAAAACACUGGUUUGCGUCGGCGCUGGGACUCUGCAAGCCGACACGCUGUGGAAUACAUGGAGGGAUCGGAUGGCAUUGCUUCCAAGCCCAGGAUCGUGCAGCCACUCGGGUCACAAGUCUUCCAUACGAGGCAAUGCGUCGUCAAAUGGGGGAGGUGGGCUGCCUCUGCCGUCGUCCUCGAGUGCGAUGAAGGCAUCAGAAAAGGACGGCAGGCACUCGUCGCCCUCGUCGUCGACUUUGUCCAAGCCAGUCGCAUCGUUGCUCCGUUCGCCGACACUGCCACCACGGGCACAUGGCUCGGUCUCAUCCAUGACGCAGCCAACGCGUCGCUUUCCCACGACAGAGUCGUCGGCAUGCGUUGGUGCGUCGGGUGCCGACGAGCUGAACUGAGUCGUCGGCGCGAUUUCAACUGCCGACGCUACUUGCAUCGGCUGGGAGUCCGUGAUGGCGUCUCCUUGAACGCAACUCGUGCUUGAACGAGUUUCGACGUCGAUGGGCAUCUCGUAGAGAUCUUUGUCGUCGUCGACUUUUUCUCGUCUGUUCGUGUCGAUGGCGCGCUGUGGUCGAAGCGCACGAAUAUGCGUGGCCAAACGCAACCGAUGCACAGGUUGGGUGAUGGAGUAGGCGUCUCGAAGCCGCAUGUCGAGAUGGGUGUCGGUCGCCCACUCGGCGAGCAUCGCUCCAUCGACUGCGGCGAGUUUCGGCGCCACCGUUUUCACUUGGACAGUGUAGAUGAGCCACUUUUUCACGUGCAUGCGAGUCCACGUAGCUACAUUCGUGGGUAAUUGGAUGGUUGGCACCGUGGCGUGGGCUUUCUUGGGUAGGUUGCGCUUUGGUUUGGGCUGGUCGGAAACGGCGGCGCGGAAAGGUGGCAGGGAUCGCGGCGACGCGAUGUCCACGUCAUCGAAAGCGGUGCGCGCAGAAUCUGCCAUGGAUGUACCGGGGAGUUGUAGCUCGGGGGGACGUAGUGGAGGCGGUCGUUGGAUGGCAUGACGCUCUUUGCACGACAGGUUUUGUAUUCCUUGGUUGCCUGUGCAACGUCGC